GAUCGCGGCGACUUGACCGGUGGACGCGAGCGCGGCUUUCGGCCGUUAUUUCUCACCUUAGCCUUCAGUCUUAGUUAAUUCGUGUUAGUGUAGUGUUAUUUUAGCAAUGGCUAAAGACGUGUUUGUUCUCGUGUGUGUUGCACUGUGUUCGCAGCUUGCGUUAUGUCAGUUUGGAUUUUUCCCUCAACGUGAAGAUCGUCGCUUCAAUGUAUUCGGUGCUGUUCAGAAUAUUCUAGAAAAUCCACGCAGAACACUACAAGCGGUGUUAAACUUCGGACCCGAUAGAAAUCAGAACAGACCAGGUAUAAAUGGUCAAUAUUACGAUCAACGACCUAACUAUCCAAACUUCAACCCUAAUGAAUAUUAUUAUAAUAUCAGAUAUCCUAACAGAGAUUUUAAUAAUGGAAGAGAUAUCGUAUUUGAACCAACCAAUAAUCCGUUCCAAAAUUAUCCAAAUGAAUAUUUGAACACAAGACCUAAUGAAGAAUACGUAAAUGAAUAUUUUGGAAACAACAAAAAUGAUAUAUCGAUCCCUUCCGCAGAUACAAACGGACAAAACAAUUUCAGCAACAAUAACGUACCUAAUUCACCGUUUGAUUCAGAAGGAAAUAGUGGAUUACCAACGCCAUCUAGUGUCGAAGAGAAUAUAACACCUGUACCUCAACAAGAAUCAAAUAACAAUGGUAUCCCAGUUGUCCCACCAACAGGUCUUGAGACUAACGGAAUACCGACAGUCCCACCACCUGGUGUCGAAGUAAAUAGUAUAACACCUGAAUUUGGAUCUGGAAAUGGGAACAAUGGUAUCCCAGAUGUCCCACCAACAGGUCUUGAGACUAACGGAAUACCGACAGUCCUGCCACCUGGUGUUGAAGAGAAUAAUCUAACACCUGUACCUCAAAUUGGAUCUGGAAAUGUUAAUGGAAUCCCAGAUGUCCCACCAGCAGGUCUUGAAAACGGAAUACCAACUUCACCUCCAAUAGGAUUCAAUGAUAGGAACUCGGGUAAUUCCGACUCAUCUGUAACUGAGGGUUUGACGACACUAGCGCCAUUAACUCCCGUGCCUAAUACGGGACCAAGGAACAACUUUAAUUUCGGAUCUGAAGGAUUAUUCUUGGAGACAUGCCAGACACCACAAGGCGAUGAGGGCAGCUGUGUCAACUUGUACCAAUGUGAACCGUAUCUUAAGUUACUCAAAGACGCUCACAGAACGGUCGAAGCCACACAGCUGUUGAGGAAAGCGCAUUGCGGAUUCGAGGGCAAAAACCCUAAGGUGUGCUGCUCCCGACCAGGCAUCCCUACCGCACUGCCAACGCAAGCUCCAGUUACCGAAGCUACGACUCCAACUACGGAGCCUCCACGACCGUCCGCUAAAUCCCUUACUGAUGACGACUACGUAGAUGCCUUCCCAGAUCCUCCAGUAUGCGGCACGAGUAGCGCGCAGUUCACUAAAGUUGUGGGAGGUGUUAACGCCAAAUUGGGUGACUUCCCCUGGAUGGCUCUGCUGGGUUACUUAUACCGCGGGGGUCCGAGCGUCGACUGGAAGUGUGGAGGUUCGCUCAUCACCUCGCGGCACGUGCUUACCGCCGCGCACUGCAUACAUGGACUUGACAGCUUAUAUCUUGUACGUCUGGGCGAGCUGGAUUUGGAACGAGAAGAUGACGGAGCUGCGCCGAUAGAUGUCCUUAUAAAGAGAAAGAUCGAACACGAGGACUACAGUAGAAAUUCUCUCACCAACGACAUUGGCGUAUUAGUUUUGCAACAGGACGUCACAUUUACAAAACUUAUCCACCCCAUCUGUAUCCCACUGGCUCCGGAACUGAGGUCUAAUUCUUACGUCAACUAUAACCCAAUGAUCGCCGGCUGGGGCAGCGUCUCUUACCGCGGCCCCAGCGCCAGCCACCUGCAGGCGCUGCAGCUGCCGGUGGUGAGCAACGAGUACUGCGCGCGCGCGUACGCCGCCUACAAGGAGCAGACCAUAGACGAGCGCGUGCUGUGCGCCGGCUACGAGCGCGGCGGCCGCGACUCCUGCCAGGGCGACAGCGGCGGCCCGCUCAUGCAGCCCGUCUGGAAUUCAAAGAACUUCACCACGCCGAUGUACCAGAUCGGGGUGGUGUCGUACGGCAAGCAGUGCGCGCAGGCGGGCUUCCCCGGCGUCUACACGCGCCUCACGCACUUCAUACCCUGGCUGCAGGAGAAAGUGCUCGGGAAACCCUCGUGAAAUGAAGUUUUAGACCCUUUUCCACCGAAACGACAUGCGAACUUUGCAGCAACCAGUGGAAACGGCCUUAGUAAAAUCAGCCGUUAGUGAAAACGAGGUCUUACAACGGUUGUGAAUUGUGAUAGACAUUAUUUAUACUCUGUUUUUAAGUUUUAAUAUUAAAAGUAAUAAAAUGUAUUUUAAAAU